GUGGUGGCGGCGGAGACCGGACGACGGCGUGGUUUCUGGUACUCACUCCUAGCCGAGGGCGACGUUUGGAGGGAACUCGACCAUGGUUGGAAUACCGGACAGGACAAACAUAGGACCCCAGUUCCCAGCUCCGGCUGUGGGAUACCCAGGGUUGACCCAGGACGACGGCCGUAUAUGGCAGGCGAGGACUGCCUUGCGCAGAGAGAGAGAAAGCGAGAGAUGUGAUACACUGACAUGCAGGAGGCUCCCCGUCAACGUGGCAUGGCAGCGGACCGAGGCCACGACUGGUCUGGAGCGCCGCACAUGUCGGGUAGGGGACCGGACUUGCAGUGAAUACUAGUGAUCGAGGGGUCAACCCAUGG